AUGGAGUUCACAGCUCUCUCCACCCGACUGAUAUUUUCUGUUGUGGUGCUUCUGUUUGCAGACGAUCAGCACUGUUACUGUGACCGGAGCGAUGACACAGCUUCUCUUCGUGUUGAUCCAAACAGGCUCCAGUUUUUUGAAUAUGACUCCAUCCGUGUUGACUGUGAGGGGUUUGCUGACUUCACUGAGUGGAGAGUGAUGAGGAGGAUGGAGACGGGAGUCGAGACAAAAUGUGGUUCUGACUGGGAGAUGUCAAAGGGAUCCUGCAAUAUACAGAACGCCUUCACAUCAGACAGUGGAGAGUAUUGGUGUGAAGCUACAACAGGCAGGAGCAGCUCCGUCAACAUCUCCAUCACUGGUGGUGCAGUGAUCCUGGAGAGUCCUGCUGUCCCUGUGACGGAGGGAGACGCUGUGACUCUGAGCUGCAGGAGCAGGACGACGUCCUCUCUACCGGUGGCUGAUUUCUAUAAAGACGGUGUCCUGAUACAGACCGGCUAUGAAGGAAAAGUGACCAUCCACAACGUCUCACAGUCUGAUGAAGGACUCUAUAAGUGUGUCAUGAUCGGUGUUGGUGAAUCAAUCGAGAGCUGGCUGGUUGUUAAAGAGAAACAACCUCCCCGUCGUCUGUUCCUGCUGUGGGUCCCUGUGGUCGGCUGCUCUGUGGCUCUGCUUCUGCUGCUGCUGCUCGGACUCCAUCUGUGUCAGAAAUUCAGAGUGUUUGGCUCAGAAACACCAACAUCGCUCUCAGGUGGAACAGGAACAGUGUCUGAAUCAACCAGUGAAGUUCAUCCGCCGAGGGCAGAGUGUUCACGAUUCGUACAUUCGGAUUAUAGAGGAGUCUCCAGCCUGGCAGCAGACAGUGACCCCUGUAUUACAGAUGAGUACACCUACUACAACAGCAUCGAUGAAAUCAGAGACUUUGAACUGUCACUGAGAGCUCCACGUGACUGAGGAAAGACUGUUUACAGCUUUAUGUCAGAUUGUGAAGAAUAUUUUAUAUUAAUGCCUGUUAGAUGUGAGGACGCCUAUGUUGUGUGUACUCAGAAAAGAAUAAUAAUAAUGGUGAAUAUAUGAUUGAUUUUAAAAAGAGUGCAGCUGUGUGGUUGUUUCAAAACAUUUCUAUAAACGACGAGCUGUCGAGCAGCAUCAGGGUUUAUUUAUAAGAGCGAGCAGGUUUUUAGUAGGUAAAAACAGAUAAGCCGUGUGGUUUUAUCUGAUAUUUGUGAACAUGUGUGCUGCAGCUUUAAAUACUCUCUCCGUGCUCCACUGCAGACUGACCGAAAUCUGAAGCAGCUCCAAAUAUAAUUAACAAGCUGUUUCACACUUCAGACCUUUAACUGAGACUUUAGUAUCUAAAAAUCACACUGAACUGUUUACAUACAAUCACAGUUCCAGUCCAGAUUUAACCCUCCGAACCCCAGAAAAGUAUCUUUCGUCAAAAGUACACUGUUUAUCAUAGAAAUAAACCAUAAAAACGUGUGUUUUCGUCAGAAUUUUAACUUUAUGAUGGUCCUUGAAUGGAUCUUUGGUUACCAAUGUUUCAUUAUAAAAAGUGAGCAAAGCUUGUUAAAAUAAAGUGUUAAAAUGUU